AUGAAUGAAUAUAAAUUCCACUUAUACACUUUUAUAUUAAUCAUUAUUAUUUUAUCCUAUUGCUUUCAUUGGUGUUGUUCUGACGGGAAAAAAAAGAGUGUUACAUACAUACAGCAGCAACAGCAGCUACAGCAGGAGCGGCAACAAGAAACAGGAGAAAACAGUGUUACAGACAUAUAUCAGCAGCGGCAGCAACCGCAGGAACAAGACACAGUUGUGGUUAUGAAUAACACUUCAGCCCCCCAGCCUAUGGUGCAUCCACAAGCAGAAUAUCCAUCAGCUCCAAGGCCUUAUGAUUAUGGUUUAGGACAACACAUGCAUCAAAGUGGUCCUUCACAUGCUUAUGGUUUUAUGAGUCCGGAUCCCCACUCUGGAUCAAGGCACUUGCCUCCACAGUACACAGCCCAAAGACAACAAGAUGAAAUAUAUAACAUAAGCGGAAGAGUACAGGGUCAAAAUUCAGAACAGCGGUUACCCAGUGAUGCUUACCUCACUGUAGAGCACAUAACCGCCAGUAACCAAUUGAAUAAACCAAGUUAUAAUGACGAACCUCCUUCGUAUGAAGAGGCUAUAAAAUUGGCAAGUCACCUCCCACCACCGCCAGUGCUACCACCCGUAUAUACGGGUAUAUAUGACAGGCCGUCAGUGCAUGUAACGUCACCAGUUUCGCCAACUGUGACUAUCGCAAUCAGCUGAAUGUAUUGAUGCUCAGUAUUAUUGUAAAUUGUGAUAAACAACUUCUUCAGGCAGUAGAUGGAUUGGUCAAAAUGGGACAUGCCUAAAAAACUGUGAUAUUACGACUAAAUGCUUAAUUUUUCGACCCCAUUGUAUUUUAUGUCUCGCGGUGUAUCUCUAGUCUAAACUUAAGACCAGUUAAUUAAAUUUGUUUUAUUGCUUUUGAUUGUCAUAUUUUUAACAUCAUGUUUUUAUAAAACUUGCGAUCAUAGUGUACAUAGAUAAGUUUGUUUAUUUUAUGAUGUCAAUUUGUUUUAUAUAAUCUCAGUAGACUACUCUCGUUGUAUUUUAUAUUAAAUUUGAUUAAAC